AUUAUGCCAACAUCGAUUAUCUUUUCCGAAAGCGCAAGCGCCAAACGCAACUUGACGUAACUCGCGUGUGAUGUGUGACCGUCGUUGAGUAAAAGAAUAAUCCGAUGUUCAAUUUUUGAUUUUCAUGAUUCAAUCGCUGUACACACGCUAGAGAGCGCCGCUAAAAGAAAGAAAUUAAGCGGAAAAAAUGAAAACAAUCUGGGUGAUCGGCGGACCGGGUUGUGGUAAGGGGACGCAAUGUGAUCGCAUGAUCGAGAAAUAUGGAUUUCUUCACUUGAGCAGUGGCGAUCUGCUGCGAGCGGAAGUCGCAAGCGGUAGCGAAAGAGGUGCAUCACUUCAAGAACUAAUGUCCAAAGGAUUAUUCGUGCCAACAGACGUCGUGCUGGAACUUAUAAAGGAAAAGAUGAACAAAGCGCGCGAGGAAAAAACUACAGAAACUGGAUUUCUCAUCGACGGAUAUCCUCGUGAAAAGGAACAGGGCAUUCUCUUUGAGCAAAACGUUUGUCCUUGCGACUUAAUUCUCUUCUUCGACGUAUCAAAUGAGACCCUGAAGAAGAGGCUUUUGGGACGCGCCGCUGUAUCCCAAAGGGCGGAUGAUAAUGAGGAAACAAUCAAAAAAAGGAUCGAAAUAUUCAAUUCGAAAAACAACGAGAUCGUCGAACAGUACAAAGACAAAGUUGUUAGAAUUAACGCGGAAGGAAACGUAGAGGAGAUAUUCGCUGAAGUGACAAAAGCGCUGGACGCUUUAUUAGCAUCAUAGGUGAAGCCAUACUUAAACACGGCACGAGAUUUAGUCGUGCACAAAGUCAUGUUUGUUCUAAAUAUUAUUGUUGUUUGAAAUGAAAUAUAGAAAAUAGAUUAGUUGUUAUGAUUCUUCAAUAAAUUAUAUU